AUGUUUAGAAUGUUUUACUGCAGAUGAAAUUUACAAGUUUCCAAUUAAUAGAAAUAUUGGGCUAUUGAAAAUGUACACAAUUAAUUAAUUUCAUAUGUAGGAAGAAAUCGAUUUUAAGGCUACAAGAGGUCAUUUAUCCAUAGUAUGAUCUUCUGCAUGGCACAAACCUUGAAAUUUACCUUAUUAAUUACCAUACUGAGACUGAUAACUAGUGUCAGAAAUUCAUCUGUCUUGGUUUUGAAAAUUGAUUCAGGAGGAUUUUUUGUACUGUAGCAACUGUAAUGUGAAAAAGUGGCAUUUGAAUUUUACUGUACUCAUUGUGUACAGUAAAAUAAUAUUCCUUAUAUUUCUUUUUUUUUUUUAACUGAAUACUCAAAAUCAUCGAGUCCCUCUUGAAUCCAAUGAAUGCUAGACAGCAGUAUCACAACAAGCAGUUAUUUAAGGAGGAAAUUUUAAAGUUGGCCAGUAUUCAGUUUCUGGUAUUAUAUGUGACUACUAGUGUUGAGUAGUUAAGAUCAACUCCGUAUGUUUUGCAAUUGCAAAUGCUUGUAAAUCCAAAAGCAUUCUUGCUCCACAAGUUCUAAUACACACUUCAUAAAUUUCCUGUAAUCAGAAAAGAGUGUGUGUCAAUAUGUUUAGAUCUGGGUAAUAUCAUCUUUUCUGUGCAUUGACAGGAUCAAACUUCAAAAAUUCUGCAGAGCCCUUUUUAUGCAUAUUAUCUUCUCCGUGUCCCUUCUGUGCAACUUGGUGUUCAUGUUUCCACUUUUCCUUCUCUUUCUGCUUCUGUGCUCUUUAUUCUAUCUUCUUGCCCUCCCUUCCCUACCCUCUCCCCCACCUCAGCUAUCUGUAUGUCUUUUAACACUGGAUCAGCAUUUCACUCCUGUGUUCCAGCAGAAAGGAUUGUAGCCUAAUGUUAAGUGUCCUAAAAAAAUCUGAAACCUCAGGAGAGAGGAGGAUGAAGAAGAUUCUUUUGUGAUGAAAGCUAUUAUUCAUGCCAUCAAUGAUGACAAUGUACCUGGAUUGCAGCACCUUCUGGGAUCUCUGACAAAUUACGAUGUCAAUCAACCCAACAAGCAUGGAACACCUCCACUACUGAUUGCUGCCGGCUGUGGAAACAUUCAGAUGCUUCAGUUGCUUUUAAAGCGUGGAUCUCGUAUUGAUGUUCAAGAUAAGGCUGGAUCUAAUGCAAUCUAUUGGGCUUCUCGACAUGGUCAUGUAGAAACACUGAAAUUUCUCAAUGAUAAUGAAUGUCCUUUGGAUGUUAAGGAUAAGUCUGGGGAGACCGCUCUCCAUGUUGCAGCUCGGUAUGGGCACGUGGAUGUGGUUCAGUUUCUCUGUCGCAUUGGAUCCAAUCCAAACUUUCAAGACAAGGAAGAAGAAACCCCACUGCAUUGUGCUGCUUGGCACGGCUACUAUUCUGUUGCCAAAGCACUCUGUGAAGCAGGUUGCAAUGUGAACAUUAAAAACAAAGAAGGGGAGACUGCACUCUUGACAGCCUCUGCUAGGGGUUACCAUGAUAUUGUGGAAUGCUUGGCAGAACACAGGGCUGACCUUCAUGCUACAGACAAGGAUGGUCACAUAGCCCUGCAUCUUGCUGUGAGAAGAUGUCAAACAGAAGUAGUUAAAACUCUCAUCAGUCAAGGAUGUUUUGUAGAUUUCCAGGACAGACAUGGCAACACUCCCUUGCAUGUGGCCUGCAAAGAUGGGAACGUGCCUAUUGUGAUGGCACUCUGUGAAGCAAAUUGUAGUUUGGAUGUCACUAAUAAGUAUGGAAGAACACCUUUACAUCUGUCAGCAAGCAAUGGCAUUCUUGAUGUUGUCCGGUUCCUUUGUGUUACCGGUGCCAAUGUAGAAGCAUUAACCUCUGAUGGGAAAACAGCAGAAGAUCUCGCCAGAGCAGAGCAACAUGAACAUGUAGCCAAUCUGCUUGCAAGACUUAAAAAGGAUACACACCGGGGGCUUUUUAUCCAGCAGUUGAGGCACACACAGAAUCCACAGCCUCGAAUCAAACUGAAGUUGUUUGGACACUCUGGUGCUGGGAAAACCACUCUUGUGGAGUCUCUCAAGUGCGGCCUGAUACGAAGCUUUUUCCGAAGACGUAGGCCAAGGCUUUCCUCCACAAACUCAAGCAGAUUCCCCCCAUCUCCUUUGUCUUCCAAACCUUCAGUUUCAGUAAGUAUUACGAAUCUGUAUCCUGGUUGUGAAAAUGUCAGCGUGAGAAGCCGCAGUAUGAUGUUUGAGCCAGGCCUGACCAAAGGAGUGUUAGGAACUUUGGUUUCACCUGCUCAUCACUCUCACUUCUCUGCUGAUGACCAGUCCACCAAGGCCAUUGACAUUCAAAAUGCGUACUUGCAUGGAGUUGGUGAUUUCAGCAUCUGGGAAUUUUCUGGGAAUCCUGUGUACUUCUGCUGUUAUGAUUAUUUUGCUGCAAAUGAUCACACUGCAAUUCAUAUAGUGCUUUUUAGUCUCGAGGAGCCUUAUGAAAUCCAAUUAAACCAAGUGACCUUUUGGCUCAAUUUCCUGAAAUCAUUGGUCCCAGUUGAGGAACCAAUAGCAUUUGGUGGAAAGCUGAAAAGACCCCUGCAUGUUGUUUUGGUUGCCACACAUGCUGACAUAGUGAAUCUUCCUCGGCCUACGGGGGGAGAGUUCUGCUAUGACAAAGACAUGUCAUUGUUGAAAGAAAUCAAAAACAGAUUUGGAAAUGAUUUGCAAAUUUCAGAAAAGUUAUUUGUCUUGGACGCUGGAGCAUCAGGGUCUAAAGAUAUGAAGCUUCUCCGAAAUCACUUGCAAGAAAUAAGAAGCCAGAUAAUUUCUACUUGCCCACCUAUGACUCAUCUCUGUGAAAAAAUAAUCUCCACACUGCCUUCAUGGAGAAAAAUUAAUGGACCCAACCAGCUGAUGUCCUUGCAGCAGUUUGUGUAUGACAUACAGGAACAUCUUAAUCCCCUAGCAAGUGAAAACGACCUACGGCAUAUUGCACAGCAGUUGCAUAGUAUAGGAGAGAUAAACAUUAUGCAGAGUGAAACUGUCCAAGAUGUUGUGCUUCUGGAUCCUCGCUGGCUCUGUUCAAAUGUCCUUGGAAAAAUCUUGUCAGUGGAGAACCCAAAAGCCCUCCAUCACUAUAGAGGCCGAUACACUAUAGAGGACAUCCAGCGUCUGGUGACAGAUAGUGACGUGGAAGAACUGAUACAGAUUUUGGAUGCCAUGGAUAUUUGUGCAAGGGACCUUAGUAGUGGAGCAAUGGUGGAUAUUCCUGCUCUCAUAAAGACUGACAAUCUCCAUAGGUCUUGGACAGAUGAGGAGGAUGAAGUGCUGAUUUAUGGUGGUGUUAGAAUCGUUCCUGUGGAACAUCUUACCCCAUUUCCUUGUGGAAUUUUUCAUAAAGUUCAGGUGAAUCUAUGCAGGUGGAUUCAUCAGCAGAGCACAGAGGGAGAUGCUGAUAUACGUUUGUGGGUAAACGGAUCAAAGAUUAUGAAUCGCGGAACUGAGCUUUUAGUGCUGCUAGUCAAUCAUGGUCAGGGUAUAGAGGUCCAAGUUAGAGGACUGGAAACAGAGAAGAUCAAGUGUUGUUUACUUCUGGAUUCUGUGUGCAGCACCAUUGAUAACUUAAUAGCAACAACCUUACCAGGUCUUCUGACUGGGAAAUACUACCUUAGUCCUCAGCAGCUGAGGGAACAUCAUGAGCCAGUAAUGGUCUACCAGCCUAGAGACUUCUUCCGUGCACAGAGUCAAAAGGAGACAUCACUAACUAACACUAUGGGAGGAUAUAAAGAGAGCUUUAGCAGUAUACUGUGUUUUGGGUGUCUUGAUGUCUACUCCCAGGGAAGUCUAGGAAUGGAUAUUCAUGUUUCCGAUCUGAAUCUACUUACCAGGAGAAAAUUAAGUCGACUUUUGGAUCCACCUGAUCCUAUGGGCAAAGAUUGGUGCCUUCUGGCCAUGAACCUGGGCCUCCCUGAUCUUGUUGCGAAGUACAAUACAAAUAAUGGAACACAAAAUUACUUUCUUUCAAGUCCAGUUCAUGCCCUUCUGCAGGAAUGGAGUAAUGCACCUGAGAGUACUGUAGGUAUCCUGAUGUCUAAGCUGAGGGAAUUAGGUCGCAGAGAUGCAGCAGAUUUUUUACUGAAGGCAUCUUCUGUAUUCAAAAUUAAUUUAGAUGCUAACGGUCAAGAGGCUUAUGCUUCCAGUUGCAACAGUGGCACAUCUUAUAACUCAAUUAGCUCUGUAGUGUCACGGUAAGAGGAAGUGUUUUGCAUGGACGUCCUUUUAAAUUGCUGAAAGGAUAAAAGAUACAGUAUAAGAGUUACAGUGCAUACUAAUUUAUGAGAUUUUACGUCAAAGGAUCCUUCUCUAGUGCCACCUUUUAUGUGCAUAACCUUUCUGCUCCUAACUGUGAAUCAUUGCUCUUUAUUAAAAAGACUGUUGUACUUCUGGUGGUUUAAAGCUAUUCCUGAUACAGAAUGUGCUGCUUAAUACUGCCAUUUCAACUGGAAAGUCUUAACUUUUGGAUUAUAUACUGCAACUGUUUUAUAUAAUUCUCCCCAUAAAAGGUAGGGGGAGAAUAAUAGCACAUAUUACCUUAAAUGUGUAUUUCUUACACCCUUUUUUUUCUUUUCACUGUGUCCCCUGCUUGAAAUUUUUUAAUAUUUUUAAGGAGCAAAAUCCACCAUUUGUGAUCAAUCUGACCAAAUUUAAGCGCAUUGUUUUCAGCUGAAAAAGCGAGUGCCUUUUGCAGAAGGGAGGGUGCAGUUGAUUUGAAUGACCCUGCUGGAGUUACAAGAACAUGCUACCUCUGUUUCACUUAAAUUGUCUGCAUGCUUAUCAUUGCAAGUGGUGCUUGCCUGUUAAUUUUUCCUGCACUUCUAAGACAUUGGUGAUGACUCACACAGAGCAUUCCUGUGCCAGUACUAUGGGUAUAGACAUGUGAUACCUAAUCAAAUUCAAUUACAGUCAGAUCAUAAUGUGAAAAUCUCUUAAACUUGCCAAUUAUCAUGCUUCAUUAUUUCCAUGCACCUCAGGUAAAAGUUCAUAUCAUUACAGAGUUCAAAAAACACAAGUGUUGGAUACUGCAGAAUAAUAUUGUCUAGCUGUCAGUUGUAAUUUGUGUAUAACAAAGGUUUUCUACUAUUAGAUCCUGCAUUACUUACUUCCUGUACUUGAAAACUUUGAUGGGGAUAAAAAAAAAAGGAAGCAAGGUUUCUUGCAGUGAUAACUUUAAAAUUGAUAUGAGGGAAUAUGACCCAUUCUCUGUUCUAAAAAGCAUGUAAUUUUCAUGGUGCGAUACGUGUUUGUUUAUAUAUAUUGUAUGUACAUACAUUAAGACUAUUUUUUCCUUAAUCUUACAAUGUAGUAAAAUUUUAAAGGAGUUUUCUACAAAUAAACUGUUGCUUGUUGCAUCUUAGUUGAUCA